AGAUUUUUAACCCAGGAAAGGGCUGGCCCAUUGGGCACCAGUCAACGAAGACCAUCUCGAUCUCCUCGUAGCCAAAGAAGUCGCAGCGCAGAUGUAGACUGUUUGAAGAAAUACACGGAGAGACGUGUCGAGGAAAGAAGGCACACAGAGAUACCGGACACGAGCAAACUCGAUCCCUCCAGGUGGAUACCACUGCCGAAAAAUAUCACGCGGAUCCAACCGGCAUUAAAGAAGUCACCGCAGCCAUCGAGAGACGAAGAGAAACGACGUUCGAGCGAGGCUGAGGAAAUCGUAACGGAUGUCGGUAGAAAAACGAACGAGGGCACGCCAAAGAAAUUAUCUCCUACGAAGGAGGAAGAAUCGACGAAGGGCUCCGAAGGGCAGAAAAACGAUACGCCAAUCACGUACAGGCAGACGGCCGGCAGGAGUCAUAGCGCGGACGUCACCCAUAUAAAGAAAGAGAAACUGGUCGAGGAACGAAGGAAUACGGAAUGCAGCGACCCCAGAACGAUCGCGACGAGGUGGCUACCGCAAAUUAACACCUCAAGGUUCCGCUACGAUGCAUCUCCAUUCGCAAGGAUCAGCAACAGCUGCGAAAUCACGAAAAACGCCGCGACCAGAUGGAUGACGUUCGUCAAGAAUCCGUCUCCAUCCCCGAUACCGCGAAUGAACCCGGAAAGAAAGCCUUCCGCGGCGGAAGCGUGUCACGCGACUGACAACUCCCAGAUUAAAAAAUGUAAAACAGAAUCGCCCAAGUGGGAACCAUUGCGAAAAUUCGCGCCAAUGGCGUCCAAGUCUGACACGGAAAGUAGCCAAAAACAAGAUAAGACGGGGUCGAAUCGAGAGUUGUCAUCGUCGACGAAGUAUUCCCCGGAUGCCAACGAGCAAUCCAAAAGGCUCACUCAACGCAUGCGGGAUCUGUACGAUUUCAAAACGGAGAACGAGUGGCCGAAGAGGGCGACGAACGCUCGGCGUGGAAACACGUGGAUCAGUAAAAGUAGCAGCGAGGAGGAGAGGGCGAGUCUAUCGAUUCGUAGAAAUAGCCAGGAUUUAGAAUUCAACGAUAGGAUGAACAAGCUGAAAGACACGAGGGUUCAAUCGACGGAUCAUCAAAGACCUAAAUUAACGUCAAAGAAAGAGGAGCAUCGAGAGGGUAGCGAUACUUUCAACAGCGAAUACGAGGAACGUUUAAGAAAAUUCAACGACAAGCUUCGGUUCAGCGAGGAUCUUGGUACGGCCAAGCCAAAGAUCAAGGAGAGACGAACCUACUCCGACGACUACGACGAGAUAUCUCGUCGAGCCUCCACGCGAUCGACUCGUACAGAGGGUUCGAUAAAAUCGACGCGUACAGUAAGUUCGGUUCGGUCGACACGAUCGACGCGCACGGAAGACACGCGAGAAAGUGGAUCCCAGGGUGAGAAGAAGAGGUCUUCGGAUGCUGGCAGCAAAUCUAGGGGAAGCUAUGCCGAGGUGGCUCCUCUAACUCCCACGAAGAGAGAUUCUCGUGCGAGUGAUGCGAGUUACGCUAGCAUCGCCAAUUACUCCGGCAAACGAGCGAGCGUGGACUGUAAAAGCAACAGAAAAAUGGUGGAACUUCCGCCACGAAGGGCUUUCAGUCAAACGGAGGAGAGGCCAUCGACUCCUGUCCCACCGAUAGAGUGGAACGACGAUCGUUACGCGGCUGCUCGUCUCAAACAGAUAUCCGAACGCCAGAAGAGGGACAGUACGAGAUAUAAAGUGUACCUGACGUAAAUUUCCAGAAUUUCUUUUUCAUUCGUGAUGUAAAUGUGUUCAUAAAAUUCCAUCGAUCGUAACGAGGAUUUGACAUUCGAUUUUGGGGCUGGUAAGAAUUUAAUUGUGAAAGAGUCGAAGGUAGAUAGAAAAAAAAAAAUAAUACGUGCGUUUGGUGAAUUUUCAUGGAUCAUUUAUUUCGUUAGCCUGUGAUCGUUACCGAGGCAAUUAUUUUAAUCAAAUGUUACACGUAAUCGAAAGUUUAACGAGCACCCAAAAUCCUUCCCUUUUGUUCAGUGUCAAAUUUAAUAUGUGUGUUGUACGGAGAUGAUAUUUUAUAUAUAAAGGAUCAUUGUAUAAUUUGUAGCGACAUUGUUGAAUCAUUCGAUUAUGAUUACGAAAGGAAUGCAUGUAUCGCUAUCUCGUGCAAAGUUUGAACCGAAAUUUUCGAUAAAUAAUGUUUGAUCGAUUGAAAGGACGUACAAUUGAACAUAAAUUAUGAAAGUGUAGCUAAAAAAAUAUACCUAAUGUGCCGUACAUACAAAUCAUGUAAUACGAUUCAAUAACUAAUAAAAAUAUUCUUUAAGAAUGAUUAAUUACAAAGGAA